UAUCGAUAACAAGAGAGAUGAAGGCCGACCAGCAAUACGUGGAACUUUCUCAUUAAAUUUAAUAAGAAAGAAAACACGAAAACACAAUAUACAAUAACACAAUUAAUGCAAAAACAAUUAAAUGGCAAACAUUUGAAAAGAAUUUGCCACGAUAAAUCGAUUCAAGUGUAGUGUAAGCGAACCAAACAUAUUGACUGUCUGCCGUAUCAAGCCGUGUAUGAUUAAGAUUGUUGGUGGGGGUUAAGGUUGAAGCACACGCACACAUCUAUACAUAUAACAAUGGCCCCAACAAGAAGACCUGCGGAUGGUCUUUUGGCCCGUGUCAACUUUCCACUUUAUGCCGUAGAAAUGUUAACCAGCCGUCAUGUUUUGGUAGCAGGAGGUGGGGGUGCCAGUAAAACGGGUGUAGCAAAUGGUUUUGAAAUCUACGAAAUUUAUCACAAUGGCCAACAUUUUUGUGCCCAAGAAGUUGUGCGCCAUGAAACCGGCUCCAAUGUGGUAAUGAAUUUUGCUGUACGCAAUGAUGGCCGACGUUCAUAUUUAUGUGCCGGUCAAGAGGCCCACUGUCAAAUGUAUUUUGUCAAUCCGCGAGUGCUUACUGAAGAUGGCAAAGAAGAAAUCUCAGCGACACAGGAUUCAACGGCGCACAAAAAUGCUGCAGACUUACAUGGCAAUGAAAAUGGCGUAAGACAAAGGCGGCCACCAACAUCUGGUGUGGAAGACAUACCAAAUGGUCAUGUGCCAGCUGGAGACAAAGAUGCAAAGCCCCAGCCCAAGCAGGAUCAAAAUGCCAAUCUCAAAAGAAUACUAAAAUUCGACAUUAAAGCAGCCGAUUCAGUACAGACCGAUUUUCUGGGUGCGGAUCCUUUGCAAAGGGUGGUACGCAUAUCGCCCAAUGGGCAUAUAAUGGCCACAGGUGGUACGGAUGGACAUCUGAGAGUUUGGUCGUUUCCGCAAAUGUUAAAAACAGCAGAUAUAGAAGCCCACACCAGGGAAAUCGAUGACAUUGACAUCAGCCCAGAUUCCAAGUACAUUGUUACCAUUUCCAAAGACGGCCAAGGUUUAGUCUGGGAUAUAGCGACUUCGAAAAAGAUUUUCGAUCUUAAGUGGGCCACACCUGAGGGUACCAAAUAUUUAUUUAAACGAUGUCGUUAUGGUACAAUUGAAGCUCAAAAGGACAAAUAUCGGUUAUUUACGAUUACCAAUCCUCUUGGAAAAGUUGGCAAACAACGAGGUUUCCUACAACAAUGGGACUGUACAAAUGGUAAAUUGCGUCUAGCGGUGCCCAUUGAAGAAAGCUUAGCUUCGUUGGCUGUGCGCGACGAUGGACGGUUUGUGGCUGUUGGCACCAUGUUUUCGGGCAGUAUUUCCAUGUAUAUCGGUUUCAGUUUACAGCGUGUUCUACACAUACCCAAUGCUCACUCAAUGUUUGUGACUGGUCUACAAUUCUUGCCGGUAACUAACGAAGAAGGCCCUCCCAUAUCUAGUGACACUGAAGCGGCUGUACUCUCAAUAUCUGUGGACAAUAAAGUAUGCAUACAUAGCUUGCAACACAGACAUACCAUGCCAGCUUGGCUAGCUAUUGUGCUAAUAAUUGUGGUACUUUUUGGCGCAUUUACAUUAUGCUCAUUUCUGGGACUGUAGGUAUUAGAAAGGACGACGACUCAGACAAAGUCAUAAGAGAAAAAUAAAUUGAAAAAAAGAUACAAUAAAUUCAUAAAUCCAUCUUCUCCCUCGAUACAGGUGACAGUUUAAAAUAGGCCUUGGCUAAGGUUAAUUAUAAAACUAAAAAAAAGAUUUGAAAAUAAAACAAUGAUAUACCUAUAGGCAUUUAUAAAACUAAACAAAUUCUUAUGCGAAUAAACAGAAAAGUGAAAGGAGACAGAGUAACGUCACGUCACACUAGUGUAAAAUCCUCUUAAGUUUGUUUUUCUAUGUAACUGAAGAAAACGCAAACGAAAAACGUUAAACGACAACAACAAUUACGAAAUUGCAAAACACUAAAGUAGUUAAAUUAAAUUUCUUAUCAAAUUAAACUCAACGCAACUAAUGAAUCAAUGAAUAACUAAAUAAAUGGAGAUAAUAUAUUACGGCAAUAGUUUAAGAACAAUAUUUAUCCGUAUGUUGUAUAUUUGUUUUUCAGGCAAAUUAUUAAAAUUGCAAGUCAAUUGUUUAUAACGAUUAUUAUUAUUAAAAUAUUAUAUAUGUAUAAAUAAUUCUUUUGCAUAAAAUAGAUACUAUUUUAAAUUAUUAUUUACAUAUUUCCCGCCUAUCUAUCCCACUCUCACACUCUCUAUAAAAAUAAUAAAAUUAUAAAUUUUAAAUAUUUAGAAUAAAUUAAGAUAUUAAAACAAUCUGCUAAAGUAAAGAUUUCAAGACUUUGUUUCAUGUUUUUAGCAAUGCUUUAAUAUACCCACUGUUUGUCCUCGAUAUUUUUGAUUUUUGUUUUCCUCUACUUAAGAAAAUGGGUUUUUCCUUUAUAUACACCUCAAUAUAAUCUUAACUUAAACUAAAAUGUAAUCAACUUUUAAGAACAUCCAAACAAAAUUAAUUGUCACAUUAAAACCAAACAACGCUCUCGUUUUUA